CGCUGGUCCAAACCACGCGUGUAUGGUGUGUGUGGGUUUGCCUGUGCGCGUGUCCUCCCACCGGUUAGCCACUCGGUGUAGCUCUGGACAGAGGAGAUUGGUGAUUUGGGUGGUGUUGGGUACGCCUCGGCUCCUUGCAGUACGUCGUGAUGUUCCGGCUGUCGGUGCUGCUUCCCGCGAUUGCUGCUUGGGGCGCUGCUUCCCCGUCCAUACGAUCCGUCUCUCCCUUCCGUCUGCUCGAUCUACUGCUCUGCCCUGAUCUGGAGGAGAUUGAUCGGUGCACCCACCGCAUAGAGCCGAAGGAAGUGUGUCAAUCCAGCAAUACAUGGAGCCGGCCAGCAACCAGCGACGCAGCCACCAUUGUCUUACCUGCUCUAAGCACACACUCAAUUUUGUUUCAGAUGGAAUGCAUUCAGCAUACAUGGUGGAAGAGAGCUGCCCCCAGGCCCUCACUACUGAACAACCACGCCCACAACAAGGACAUGGAGAUCUUCAUCACAGGGCAGCAAGUGAAGGCAAGAAAUAAGGUGCCAAAGGAUUUAAUUAGGCGAAGAUGAUUAGGCUCUAGUACACACCGAGUGCAUCCAUAAGAGUCUACGUUAAAAUACUACAGAAGGUGAGACUGGGCAUAGUCUUGAUAUAGUUUUGUUAAAAGAUAUUGCAUUGAGUUUCUGGUUUGGACAUACUUAUGAUUGUUUUCUUCAAACUGCAUCAUAAUAUGUACUUUAAUUUGUUGCCUGUUUGGGAUAAGUUGAUGGCUAUGAAUGUGAGAAAUCAAUUUUUUACUUCCAGAAAAUGCACACAAACAAAAUCUGGAAUGUCUUCUUGUGUCUCUCAUCUUUUUGGCUUCAUUUGUAUGAUUAGAAUUUGGCUUCAAACCAACUAAACUAAAAAGUUUUUUUUUCUUGUCCACUCUCCAAUUUUUAAAUUAUGAUUCAUGAAGUUUUAGUGCAACUUGGAAAGGUUAUAAUAAUUUGG